AUGAGAACAAGCAACCACUUAAUCGGCGUACUAAACUUCCUAACCUUCCUCCUCUCAAUCCCAAUCCUCGGCGGUGGAAUCUGGCUAAGCAGCCGAGCAAACAACACCGACUGUCUCAAAUUCCUCCAGUGGCCAUUAAUCAUUAUCGGCAUAAGCAUCAUGGUCGUUUCAUUAGCAGGUUUCGCCGGCGCGUGUUACAGAAACACCUUCCUCCUACGACUUUACCUUGUUGUUAUGUUCUGCGUCAUCGCCGUGCUCAUCGGGUUUAUAAUCUUUGCCUAUGUUGUAACGGAUAAAGGGUCUGGAAGAAGUCUUGUGAAUAAAGGCUAUUUGGAUUAUUAUCUUGAAGAUUAUUCUGGCUGGUUGGAGGAACGUGUGGCAACUGAUGGGUAUUGGGGGAAGAUUAGUUCUUGUAUAAGGGAUUCUAAAGUUUGUAGGAAAUUAGCUAGGAAUUUUAAUGAUCAGCCUGAGACUGCUGAUAUGUUCUUCCAAAGAAAACUCACUCCUGUUCAGUCUGGUUGCUGCAAACCUCCAACAGAUUGUGCCUUCAUGUAUCAAAAUGAAACAGUGUGGAUGCCAGGAACAGGACUAAUAGCAAACAACCCUGACUGCACUAAAUGGAACAAUGACCAACAAGAGCUUUGUUAUAGUUGUGAUUCUUGCAAAGCUGGUGUGCUUGCUAGUCUCAAGAAAAGUUGGAGAAAAGUCUCAGUGAUCAACAUUAUUGUUAUGAUCAUUCUUGUAAUUGUUUACAUAGUUGCUUAUUAUGCUUAUAGAAACAACCGCAGGAUGGAUAAUGAUGAGUCUUAUGGUGAAGCAAGGAUGACAAAAUCACAACCAAGUGCUUUUCAUCUUUGA